AAAAAAUAUAUGUACUCAUUGGACGAUCUUUAUAUAGAAGUUUGGUUUCGCAUGUGAUGUCUUAUUAUAUUUUAAAUAAAGAAGACGAUACAAACAUUGUGUAUUACCUCUAUUAAAUUUCGUAUAGCCACAAAACUGAUACGCUAAACACAUAAUUUUGAUAUCAGGCAUUCACUAAAACGGUUUUGAGGAGAUCGCUGCUCAUGGAUAUAAAGAUGAAGUUUUCGCUUUUCAUGUUGUUAACAUUGAUUGUCGAUCUUCACCUGACGGAAGGAGAAAGCGAUAUUGUACAAGAGAAUCAGGUACCAAGAUGUAACUCACGGUUUGAUACUGAUUACAAGCUGAUCCAGAAACUUGUACAGUUAGAGGAGAGACAGAAAACUCUACAUGAGACAGUAGAACACCAGAGUAAUCUUAUUGAAGGACUGAGAAAACAACUGAAAGAAUCUGCGUUGCCUCGCUGGGGAGAUUGGAGUUUUUGGAGCGACUGUAAAUUAAACUGCUCUGGGAAACACGGUGGUAGGGUACAAAGUAGAUCGAGAACAACCAUUGAACAUUCUCCGACAGUGGGAGCACAAACAGAAACUGAAGAGAGGCAAUGUAAUAGUGUACAGUUUGCAGGCUGUAUUAAAAGUUAUGGAGCAGACGACAACUUUGGCGUAACGUAUGACUUUGCAGAUCAAAUUGCCGUAUCUACAUGUACGGCUCUUCUGUCAGGUGGUAAUUAUGUUAAUGCUGUGAGACGAGCUUGCUCGUAUAGUUCAGCAUCGUGUGAAGAUACAUGCAAGAACCUUGGGAAAAGGUGUUUCAAUGCAUUGCAUGUAUAUCGAGGCUCACCCGUUUUGCCAAGGAACAAGAAUGGGGCGCUUGGAUUACAAGUGUAUAAAUACAACAAAUGUUCGGGGGGUUGUGGACCAAAUUUUUGCUGCUGUCAAAAUUAACUCAUGAUUUUGUAUGAUAACAAUUUGUUGAACUAGCUUGUAUUGUGGGUGCAUGUACAUGUAGUUCAAAAUAAAUUUGUUUCCAGGAAGCUUCAAAUAAG